AUGCCGAAGACCUUACAAAUCAAUCCGACGAAGAUACUGACACAGAAGCUUCACGAAAUAGAAGACUUAAAACGAGCAUGCGUAAAAAAUACUAAAAUUCAGAAUAAUAGCGAUGAUGAGUUAUUGAAAUUAUUGCAGGAUAAUACUUAUGAUGAGGAUGUUUCAUUUUGUGAAAUGAUCAUACCAAUGUUCAAGAAUCUCUCAACAGACCAGAAACAUUACGCUAAAAUUGAAAUUCUGAAUGCACUUAACAGAACAACUAAAUAUUCACCACAAAAUUUUAUACCGCCUAGAGUCAGAUCCGCUAUGUCUCAAUAUCAAUCAUCAUCAUCAUCGUAUUCAUCUUACAACCCAAAUACGCCAUCACCCUACCCAAAUACUAUCCGUCAAUCUCCUUCUCCCCAAAUUUACCAAUACCCACCAUCUUUUCCUCAAUCUCCGCCUGAUCCGUCUCCUCAAACACAAUACACACCAUCUCGUAAUUCAACUGUCAUUCCUCAAUCUCCACCUGAUCCGUCUCCUCAAACCCAAUACACACCAUCUCGUAACCCAACUGUCAUUCCUCAAACUCCGCCUGAUCCGUCUCCUCAAACCCAAUACACACCAUCUCGUAAUUCAACUGUCAUUCUUCAAACUCCGCCUGAUCCGUCUCCUCAAACCCAAUACACACCAUCUCGUAAUUCAACUGCCAUUCCUCAAUCUCCGCCUGAUCCGUCUCCUCAAUCCCAAUACUCACUGUCAAAUUUUCCAAAUACUUCAUUUAAUCAUUCUACAUUCGUAGUAGAGGGGAGUGGUUUUGACAUGAAAGAUUAUAUUUUAUUUAAAUAA